AGAUCAACCGGAAACCUCGUCGUUAUAACCGACGGAGUGCCCGUACAUAUUCUGUUGCCGAUUAUUUAAUAAGACAAAUUAUAAAUAUAAAGGUAAAUCCGUCGCUUGGUAAUCUUUCGUUUGAAAUUAUUCUCAAUAUAACUAACAUCUGAUUCCAAUUUUACUCUUAUAUUUUGGUUCUAGGUGACAGGCUGAAAGGAUUUAAAGUUUAUGUUGGAUCAUCAAUUUGUUUUGAAAAUGGGAGUUCUGAAUACAAAAAAGAUGUAAUUCAUAUUAAAUGUGCAGAACCACUCAAUUCAAGUUAUGUCAAAAUAUCGUUAUUAGAUGGACAGAAUAAGAGAAUGCUUACUCUAUGUGAAGUGGAAGUAUUACAAUGUGUUCGUGGAUUCUAUGGAAAUAUGUGUAUGGAACGUUGUAAACGCUGUGUAGAGUCUAAAUGUGAUCAAGUUACGGGACGCUGUGAAAAAGGUUGCAAAAUCGGAUAUUACUGGUCCAAUAGUUUCAAUAAUUGCACAGAAUGUGAAGUUGGUAGAUUUGGUAAAAAUUGUACUAAGACAUGUCAUUGUUUCGAGAACAAACCCUGUAACAGAAAAUUUGGAAACUGUUCAGAUGGAUGUUCUGCUGGAUAUAAAGGCAACAAUUGUCAAAAAGAAUGUGAAGUUGGUAGAUUUGGUAGCAAUUGUGCUAAUAUAUGUCAUUGUAUUGACAACAAAAACUGCAGCAGGCAAUUUGGAAAUUGCUCAGAUGGAUGUUCUGCUGGAUAUAAAGGCGACUACUGUCAAAAAGAAUGUUCCAAUGGUACCUUUGGUCACAAUUGUAAUGGUUCUUGUCAUUGUUCCCUACCAUGUUUCCACGUAAAUGGAUCGUGUCAAGGUGAUUGUGAUGCAGGAUACACCGGAUACAACUGCCAAAAAGAAUGUGAAGGAGAUAGAUUUGGUGUAAACUGUAACAGUGUAUGUCACUGUGUCGACAACAAAAACUGCAGCAGACGAAAUGGAAUAUGUCUAGAUGGAUGUGCUGCUGGAUAUGAAGGCGACAAUUGUCAACAAGAGAAACGUGGUAAAAUUUUGCUGCUGAGUGCAUUAGUUUCAUUUCUCCUACUUGUAUUAAUAAUCGUAGGAAUGGUGGUUGCAUUUUGGUAUUGGAAAUUUAGGGGUAAAAGAUCAAUUGCAAAACGUCACGAGAAAAUCCGCAAAAUACAGGAAAAUAAGCGUGCAGAAGCCGUUCCUGAAGAUACAGCACAUCUCUAUGAAGAAAUCCAGCUGAACGAAAACGAAAGUAUAUACGUGAACAUGGCCAGUACUUCGUUUAAGUUAAAUCUGCAGAAAUACGUUUCUGAGAAGAAACAGGAAGUGGAGCCUUUUAAUGAUGAGUUCUCGGUCAGUGACUGUCUUUUAUGAAUAUGUUAAUUUCAU